AUGAAGGUCGUUGGAUCUACGUGCGCCCUCAAGAGCAGCAAAGUUGGCGGCGAGGACAUGGUCCGCUGCUUGUCCGAGCAGAGCCUCGCCAUCUCCAAGUGCAAGAUCCCGCUGUUGGACGAGCAGAUGAGCGUCUUCCUGCACGACAUGAACAGCUGCUACAGCAAGCUCAAGGAGCUCGUGCCCACCUUGCCUACCAACAAGAAGGCGAGCAAGGUGGAGAUCCUGCAGCACGUCAUCGACUACAUCUGGGACCUGCAGGUAGAGCUGGACGAGCCGGAGAAGAGCCGCCAGCAAGUCGGUGGAGUGCAAUCUCGCACGCCGCUCACCGCGCUCAACGCGGAGCUCGCCAGCAUCACCGUGGAGAACGGAUGCUCGGAUGACAGAAUUAUGUGCCGCUAA